AAUCGUCGGAUUCUCGAGUCAUCGCCCACGUCGAUUUGGAUUGCUUCUACGUUCAAGUGGAACAACGCAAACAACCAAGUCUAAGAGGUCGACCUACAGCAGUGGUGCAGUACAACUCCUGGCAGGGUGGCGGCCUGAUAGCUGUCAGUUAUGAGGCCAGGAAAUUUGGGGUUAAGCGCUCAAUGCGAGGGGAUGAGGCCAAGCAAGUCUGUCCUGAAAUUCAGCUUGUUCAAGUCCCAGUUGCUCGUGAUAAAGCAGAUCUUAAUACAUACAGAAGUGCAGGCUCAGAGGUGGUAUCCAUUCUUGCUAGGGAAGGUACAUGCGAACGGGCUUCAAUUGAUGAAGUCUAUCUUGACCUCACUGAUGCUGUACAGAAAAUGUUGAAAGAGACCCCCACUAUGAACAUGGAAACAAUCAGUGAAGAAGCAGCUAAAUCACAUGUUUUAGGGGUCGAUAAGGAUGAAAAUGACAGUGUUAGGAAGUGGCUGUGUAGAAAUGAUGCAGAUUACCAUGACAAGUUGUUAGCCUGUGGGGCCCUUAUUGUUGCAGAGCUUAGGCUGCAAGUAUUAAAAGAGACAGAAUUUACAUGUUCUGCAGGGAUUGCUCAUAAUAAGAUGCUGGCCAAACUGGCUAGUGGGAUGAACAAGCCUGCGCAGCAAACGAUAGUUCCCUCAUCAUAUGCCAUGAAAUUACUUGAAGCAUUGCCUAUAAAGAAAAUGAAACAACUUGGUGGAAAGCUUGGGACUUCAUUGCAGACAGACUUGGGUGUGAACACUGUUGGGGAUCUGUUGCAGUUUUCAAAAGACAAGUUACAGGAACGUUUUGGCAUAAAUACUGGUACCUGGUUAUGGAAUACUGCAAGAGGCAUUAACACAGAAGAGGUUCAGGGUCGCCUUCUCCCCAAAAGUCAUUGCUCUGGAAAGACAUUUCCUGGACCUCAAGCUCUUAAAACAACUGCGUCUGUUCAGAAAUGGCUUAAUGAGCUUUGUGAAGAACUUUAUGAACGCCUUCAGUGUGACUUGGAGCAGAAUAAGCGCAUAGCGCAUACCUUGACCCUACAUGUUUCUGCAUACAAGACACAUGAUGUAGAUUCAAUCAAGAAGUUUUCUUCAAAGUCGUGCCCAUUAAGAUAUGGGACCACUAAGAUCCAAGAAGAUGCCUUUUUCCUAUUUCAAGCAGGGCUCCGUGAAUUUCUUGGCACGUACGAUGGUAAGACACUGGCUAAACAACAGUACGUUUGGGGAGUGAGAGGUCUUUCUGUAUCAGCAAGUAAAAUAGUUCCUAUACCCUCGGGUACACCUUCAAUCAUGAACUACUUUUCACAAACAUGUUCAUCAUUGACACAAUUAAAUCAAAGAUCAAUCCAAGAUGGCAUACCAUUGCCUUCCUCAGAACCUGGGAUUGAUUGCCAUCAGGAAGGUCAAGAGACUGAAUAUGAAACACCGGUUUUGGGAAUACCCAAAGACGGUGGAGAACCAUAUACAAUCAAGGAUGUUCUCUCGUCAUCCUAUCACUCUGAAGAUGGAUUCACAGAAGAAACUCCCGCAUUUCCAUUUUUAGAGGCUGGAACCUGUUUAAAACUGGAGUCAAGUCAAGCUAACCCGAUGCUUGACCUUACAGAAGAACAAACGACAAGCAGUCUGACAUCAAUAGAGCGGGAAACAAAGUCUUCCAAAAACAGGGUAACAUCUAUCUUAGGAUACUUCCAAAGUCAAGCUUUCUGCUCAUUUCCUGAGGUGAGGCUUGGAAGCCCUUCCAAGGAAUGUGGAACAUCAUCUCGGGGUACUGGAAGUGUGGAUGCAAAAACUUGUCAAAAUGAUCUGAGGCAUGGUGGGAGUUAUUACGAUUACAAUGUAGAUGAAAUAGACCCAGCAAUUGUGAAUGAGUUACCACAGGAAAUUCAAGAUGAAGUGCGUGCUUGGCUUAGGCCUCGCAAACAAGCAAAUACAACUACUAAAAAAGGUCCAGAUAUUACUCGCUAUUUCUCUCGAGUUAAAGAUGCAUAAAUGAAGCCUUUGAAUAGGCUCCUUUUCUUGAAUGUCAAUUUUUUACUGAGCACUUCAACAAUGAUAUCACGAUUUAGCAUUUUAGCUCAUAGAGUCGGUAAAGGUAAGUAGUUGUGAAUCGUUGUGAGUGAUGACAACACAGUUACACAGCCUAGUUGGAGCAUGAAGAAAACGCCAUGCACGUGGGCUGUUCAUGGUAUAUAACUGUAGUAUAUGUUUUAUUUAAACUGAAAUGGUUGGCCUUGUAAAAUCCCAUAAGCCCAUGCUUAUUUAAAUUGAAACCCUUGGCCUUAGAAACAA